AUGACAGAAGGCGGCGCUAAUAUAUUCGAUAUGCUUGCAGAGGGUGGCGGGAGCACCGGCAGCGGCGUCGGCGGAGGGUUUGAUGCGAUGCUGGAGAUCCUGCCCGAGGAGAUCGACGUGAGUUUCGUGGAAGGGUUCUCGAGCGAGGCGCGUGAGGCCAGCGCCGGGCCCGUGCGGGCCGCGAGCGGUGGAGCCGCACACGUUGAGACACUUUUCGAGGCAACGCCGCCAAUCGACGUGGUUGACCAGCAGAACGGUGAGAUCGCACAACUGUGGGACUUCAAUGUGGACGAGUUCAUGAUGACGCCGAGCGGGUCCAGCGACUCGGCGACAAUUAGCGCGCCGAACAGUUUCAACUCGGAGCACCCAGGGCAGCUGGGCGGCUACGGCGGUGGUGGCGCUUUUGCGGGCACCUUCGGCGCCGGUACGCCGGCGGCCUCGCACAACUGGGGCCACCUGCUGGGCGCGCCGUUCCACUCGGAGCCCGGCUCGCAGCAGCCGCUAUUCGCAUCGCCGAGCGCGCUGCUUGCGGAUGAUGCGCCGGGCAGCGUGUCUGCGGCGGCCUUUCGCCCUACGCUGCCGACCAGGCGGUCGUCUUCGCAGUUGAGCAAGGCAGCGAUGGCCGACGACGGCGGGCUGCCGCUGGCGCACUCGACGACUGCGAACUCCGUGCGCAAGAACUCUAUGACGAGGCCGCUCUCGUCCUCGUCGCUGUCCUCGUAUCGCCAGAACUCGGUACCGGAGCUGCCGAAAAAGCCCCAGGUGCAGUGCUUUAACUGCAAAACAUUCAAGACGCCGCUUUGGCGUCGGGACGCGCAGGGCAACACCAUGUGCAACGCAUGCGGUCUGUUCCAGAAGCUGCAUGGCACGAUGCGGCCGCUGUCGCUAAAGAGUGACGUGAUCCGCAAGCGUAACACCAAGAAGCGCGGCAAGAAGGCAGACGCCGCCAAAGACAAGGAUAAGGAUUCUUCCGCUACGGGCGCCGCCGCUACAGCCACCACGCGGCCAGUACGUGGCAAACAGGAUUCUGGGUCCUCCAUUCCACAAACUCGGCUGCCGUCAACGCCGGUGGCUGGCGGGCAGUCUCACACCAAUGGAUCCGCAACCACGUUUCCGUCUACGCUGUCGAAGUCACGCACCAACUCGUCCACGAACCUCAGCGUUAAUGGCACCUUCACCUCCUCAUCCUCCUCUUCUACUACUACGCAGCUGAGCUCUAAUGUACUUAUGAACCACAACCACCGCAUGCUGCCAACGUCUGGCCUGGGCGUUUCAAAGAAGUCGAGACGCUCCAGUUCUUCCAGUUCCGCCUCGAACUCAAGCAACCGGUCCUCGUCAUCGCGCUCGAUGGUCCCUAUACUGCCUAAGCCCUCACCGGGCGGCACUUCCUCGGCGCGAAACCAGUUCCAGCUCGCAGGCUUCCCUGGUAGCGCCGGCAACAGCGCGGCCUCUUCGCCACGCUUCUCGAACUCACCGCGCCCAGCUUCUGCUACUAGUCCUCUGCCGACCUCUGCCGGCCAGACACUGUCGUCCUCCGCAGGUCGCCCCGGCAUGACUAUCACGCGACGCAAAUCGUCCCGUCAAGCGCACACUUCCUCCUCCUCCUCAUUCAUGGCUGCGUCCUUGCAACAGCACCAGCACCAUCAGCAACAGCAGCCCCAGCCUCAGCCCCAGUCUCAACAUUCCCAGCAAGGAGGUUUUCAGUCUAACACCGCUGGGAGCUCUUCGUCGACCAUCUCAGCCCAUUCUAAUUCCUGGAACUCCAAUACCAUUGCAGCGCCGUCCCCAAAAUCCGGGAGGUCGCCACGCUCCCCUUUCGACCUGUUUUCUUCUUCCUCCUCCUCGCAAGAGCCCCAGUCUAGGCCGGCUUCUCGAAAAACGCACACAUCCCUAUUAUCACAGCAGCUUCAGCAGGCGACGGCUUCCCCGCAGAAUCCGCAGUCUCCUUCUCAAUUUCAGACACCGGCCACCUUUCAAAGUAGCAGCCUUUCGAGCUCGGUCACUCCGCAGCCCGCAUCAUUGAAGAGGUCGCCUAUGACUGCCUCCCCAAGAAACAGCUACAUGGAUUCUAUUCAGCAACAACGCGGGCUGCACUCGGAUACGGGCGUCCGGAGGACCACAUCCUUGAGGGCUGAGGCCAAUAAUGCUACCGGCAUCGCUGCAAAUGCACCCAGUUCGCAGAGGCAAAAAGACGCUUUUAUGGAUGAUCUGGAGUGGUUAAAGUUUGGCUUAUGA